AUGGCUGCUCAACUCACUCCCUCAAAGCAGGCUGCUUCCUCCCUCGAGAACCUCAAGAUGAGUGACUCACCCGCCAAGAAGCUCGACUUCCAGUCGGUUGGCAAGGAGAACGCGUCUCUCAAGCCCGUCGACGCCACCGAGAAGACCGCGGAGCCUAAGCGUGCUCUUACUCCCAAGGAGCUGGAGGCUACUGAGCCCCUCCUCCAGGAGAACCCCCACCGCUUCGUCAUGUUCCCCAUCAAGUACCACGAGAUCUGGCAAAUGUACAAGAAGGCCGAGGCUUCCUUCUGGACCGCUGAGGAGAUUGAUCUCUCCAAGGAUCUCCACGAUUGGCACAACCGUCUCAACGAUGAUGAGCGCUACUUCAUCUCCCACGUCCUUGCCUUCUUCGCUGCCUCCGAUGGUAUCGUCAACGAGAACCUUGUCGAGCGUUUCAGUGGAGAGGUCCAGAUCCCCGAGGCUCGUUGCUUCUACGGCUUCCAGAUUAUGAUGGAGAACAUCCACUCCGAGACCUACUCUCUGCUCAUCGAUACCUACAUCAAGGAGCCCAAGCAGCGUACAUACCUCUUCGACGCUAUUGAUACCAUUCCCUGCAUUGCUAAGAAGGCCGAAUGGGCCAUCCGCUGGAUCAACGACCGCGAGUCAACCUUUGCCUCGCGUCUGGUCGCCUUCGCCGCCGUUGAGGGCAUCUUCUUCUCUGGCUCGUUCGCCUCCAUCUUCUGGCUGAAGAAGCGUGGUCUGAUGCCCGGUCUCACCUUCUCCAACGAGCUCAUCUCUCGUGACGAGGGUCUCCACACUGAUUUCGCCUGUCUGCUGUUCUCCCACAUGAACCACCGUCCCGACGCCAAGCUUGUUGAGGCCAUCAUCAUUGAGGCUGUCGACAUUGAGAAGGAGUUCCUGACUGACGCUCUCCCCUGCGGUCUGCUCGGCAUGAACGCCACUCUGAUGUGCCAGUACAUUGAGUUCGUCGCUGACCGUCUGCUCGUGGCUCUCGGCAACAAGAAGUACUACAACGCCACCAAUCCCUUCGACUUCAUGGAGUCCAUCUCCCUGGCUGGAAAGACCAACUUCUUCGAGAAGCGCGUCGGUGACUACCAAAAGGCUGGUGUCAUGGCCAGCACCAAGCAGGAGGUCAACGCCGAGGGCGAGAAGGUCCCCAGCAGUGGCCUCAACUUCGAUGAGGAUUUCUAG